GCGCUUUUCAUCAAAGCAAGCGUUUCGUAUCACUGGCAAUAUUAAUGACACUCGGGGUCAGUUUGGUUGUUUAGUAUCUUCGUCUUCCCGAGAAAUAGAGGACCGCUCUUUCUUCCGUAUUCAUCUCAAGCAAAUGCUGGAGUUUUUCAACUUAAUUUUAUUGGCCGACACACAGCUAUCGUUUUGUAAUCCUGUAUUCUUGUGAGAGCUUGUGAGCGAACGCUUCGGUGCUGGUCGAGAUAUUGAUGCUCUCCUGUUGCAAGUCGCCCGAACGCAAUGGAGAACGCACUCCAGGCGCGUGACCGCGUGGGAGUCCAGGACUUCGUCUUGUUGGAGGAUUUUCAAUCGGAACGAGCCUUCAUAGACAAUCUGAAAAAGCGCUGCCAAGGAAACCUCAUAUAUACAUACAUUGGACCUGUAUUAAUUCUGGUCAACCCAUACAAGAAGUUAGAUAUCUAUGGAGAAGACUUUGUUGAGCAGUACAGAAAGUCAAAUUUCUAUGACCUUCCUCCACAUAUCUACGCAAUCGGCGAUGCUGCAUACAGCCUCCUCCGUGAAGAGGGCAAAGAUCAGUGUAUACUGAUUUCGGGGGAGUCUGGCGCAGGGAAGACCGAAGCAUCAAAACAGAUUCUUCAGUAUGUGGCUGCAGCUUCUCAUCAUUUAGCCAAGGUCGAGUACGUCAAGAGGCGCCUACUCCAAAGUAAUCCCAUCCUUGAGGCGUUCGGAAAUGCUAAGACAAAUCGCAAUGACAAUUCAUCCAGGUUUGGAAAAUACAUGGACAUCGAGUUCGACUUCUCUGGCGCUCCUGCUGGAGGGCAUAUUUGUCAGUAUCUUCUCGAGAAGAGCCGCGUUGUUGGGAGGACAUCACGGGAGAGAAAUUUCCAUAUCUUUUAUCAACUGCUGGCAGGUGCCGAUGAUUGGCUUUUGGAUUCAUUGAAGCUUCGACGCGAUAUCGCCUAUUACUUUUAUUUACAGGAGGGAGAUGCUUCGCCUGUGAACCCUACUUCGGAUGAUGCGACGGCGUUUAACGACGUGAUGACAGCGCUUGCUGUCUGUGAUUUCAGUCAAAAGGACCGUCAGGAAAUUUUAGCCAUCGUAGCAUCAAUUCUGCAUCUCGGCAAUACUGGCUUCGUGGAGGAAAAUGGAGAGGCCAUAAUUGCAUCCUCACUGGAAAAACAUCUGAUGGCAAUCGCUGAGCUGUUGAAAUGUCCGGAAGAUGUACUACGUGGGUCGUUGACUUAUCGUACGAUUGAGGCCCGAGGCGAACAGGUGCGCAGUCCAUUAAGUCGGGACCAGGCCCUUUUUGCAAGAGAUGCCCUCGCGAAGGCGCUUUACGAACGGCUUUUUAAAUGGAUUGGAAAUAGGAUCAAUAAUUCGUUGCGCUCUCGAGAUAACAAUCCUAAGACGUUAAUGGGCCUUCUCGACAUUUACGGUUUCGAAGUGUUCAAACGGAACAGUGUUGAACAGUUCUGCAUUAACUAUUGCAAUGAGAAGUUGCAGCAGCUCUUCAUUGAGCUGACAUUGCGAUCCGAACAAGAAGAGUACCUAAGAGAAGGUAUCGAAUGGACCGCAGUCGACUUUUUCGACAAUAAGAUCAUUUGCGAGCUCGUAGAGGAAAAGCACAAAGGUAUUAUCGCCAUUUUAGAUGAGGAAUGUCUUCGACCUGGUGGAGCCACCGAUAAGACCUUCCUGCAGAAGCUGGAAAGCACAAUACGGGGAACCAAUGCUCACUUUGUAACAUACAACAAUGCCACGCAGAAAAUCCGUAAAACCAUUGGGCGUGACGAAUUCCGUAUCGUUCAUUACGCCGGCGAGGUGACAUACAAAAUCGAGGGUUUCUUGGAAAAGAACAACGACCUCCUUUAUAGGGAUCUGAAGCGUGCUAUGGCUUCGGCUGAUUCGGACGUCCUUCGAGAAACUUUCCCCGAUAGCGAGUUUGCAUCGAAAAAAAGGCCGGUCACAGCUGUAACCCAAUUUAAAAUAUCUCUUCAGGAGCUGAUGGUUGCGCUAAGCACCAAAGAGCCCUGGUAUGUACGUUGCAUCAAGCCAAAUGAGAUAAAAGCUCCGGGUAAAUUCGACGAAAAGAUCGUCUUCCAUCAGAUUAAGUACCUCGGUCUCAUGGAGAAUCUUCGGGUGCGUCGUGCAGGUUUCGCGUACCGCCGGACCUAUGAGCAUUUUCUGCAAAGAUACAAGCCACUCUGUCUUGAGACAUGGCCCGUAUGGCGCGGAGAGCCAAUCGAUGGAGUAAAAACCUUGAUCAACCAUCUACGAUAUCAUUCUGACGAGUACAGUCUCGGCAGAUCAAAGAUAUUCAUUCGGUUCCCGAAGACGCUUUUUGAAACUGAAGAUGCUCUACAGAGAAGGAAGCACGAAAUUGCCGCUAUUCUACAAGCGCAGAUCCGGUCGUUCAUUGCACGCAGCAAGUUCAAGCGAAUGAAGAAGGCUGCGCUGUGCAUCCAAUGCUUUUGGAGACGUCAUCAAGCGCGACAGGAGCUUAAGCGUCGUAAAGCUGCAUCUGAAAUAAUCCGGAGAUUCAUUAAAGGCUUCAUUACCAGAAAUCAGCCAGAGAAUGAAAUCAACAGGAAGUUUGUCCAGCAGGUCCGUGCUGAGUAUCUACGUCGACUGUCUAGAAGCCUACCGAAGACUGUCCUCGAUAACUCGUGGCUAACGGCUCCGCUAAUCUGCCAGGAAGCAUCGUGCUACCUUCAAGCCCUGCACAAGCGCACCCUGGUGCGUAACUACAUGAAAAGGCUCACUCCAGUGCGCAAAACACAACUCCAGUGGAAGCGCGAGGCUAGUGACAUCUUUAAGGAUCGUAAGGCCAGUUAUCCCGAGAGCGUUAAACACAAGUUUGUGGAGUCGCACCUCGAUAACACGCAUAGCCAUCUAAUAAACACCUUCAACAAAUCCCACAAAAGUCGUCCUGAGGAAAAGAUUGAGUACUGUUUACCUGUGAAGAAAUUCGAUCGGCAUGGUUACAAGUCUCGGAAACGAGUGUUGAUCCUCACCGACGAGGCCUUCUAUCUUGUCGACUCCAAAGACUUUAAGCCGAAACAUCGUAUACCGUACAACUCCAUCGCCGAUGCUUGUGUCAAUGUAAGCUCCUUGGCGGAUGGACUAAUGGUUGUGAAAAUCCCAGCAGAAGACAUCAAACACGAAAAGGGAGACCUGAUAUUGGAUUGCGACCGUUCGUUGAUCGAGUGCAUUUCACGGUUAGCGAUGCUCGCAAAGAAGCGUACUCUCGUACACAUCACUCCGGAAAAUGCUAAGCUACAGCAUCAGCUGUCAGGUGGCAAAACUGGAACUAUUGAGUUUAAACGAGGGGCUAAAGAGGAAAUCAGUAAAACCAAGAGUGGAAGCCUCAAUGUCAUAUCCAUGUAGUCCGUUACGUGUGUUACAAACUUGACAUCGGCAGAGUCAAAGUACCCUCUCGGUCAUCAUCAAAAAUCUAUAUUUAGCACUUCGUGGUUUGUGUGUAUGCAGUCUGCCAAUAUCAGAGCAAGCUAACGAAAAAUUCACAAAA